AUGUCAGUACCUGGAGCCACGUCGGCUACCGAGCCCGAUAAACUGAGCGUCUGGAGCUGCUUCACUUGCAAGCGCAGAAAGGUUCGCUGCGACCGCCGGAACCCAUGCUCGGCAUGCGUCAGGAGGGGAGGGCAAUGUGUCUUCCCCACGUCAGGUCGGCCACCGCGGCACCUCGAUUCGGCCAUGGACGAUGGGCAGGCGGGACUUAGAAGAGACGAUCUUCUGGGUCGAAUCCGGCGCCUUGAAGGCCUCAUCCCUGGGUCAGUAGUCGAAGACCAGGGUCGUGGCCUUGUCGCGGAGCCAUUUGAUGAUGGCGGCAACGACGACGAUGACUCAGGCCGUUCUCCCGUCGGGCGGGAAGCCUCAGAGGUUGGCCAGGGCCAAGCCGGGACAAAUCGCAGUCCCGACGAGGAGCCUGGAGUGCUCGUGUCAGACGAUAAGGGUAAGCUCUAUGUGAGCGGUGAGUUUUGGAGCACUUUGCGACAGGAAGCGAGACUCGUGCGUGAAGCCUUUGAGGAUGAAGAUGAUCGUCAGUCUGGGACAUAUGCCGACUCAGCUUAUCGCCCUAGCCUUGAAUCACCAACGAGAAACAACGUCAGUGAAAACACUAGCUUUUUGUUUAGGAGCUUUCUCGGAUCAUCGUCAUAUGAUGACAUAGCGACUACCCAGCUAUACCCAUUACCUUCACAGAUGCUUUUCAUCUGGCAGAACUACAUCGAUAACGUUGAUCCUUUUCUCAAGGUCCUCCAUAUCCCCACCACCACCAACGUACUUAAAGAGUGCAAAGGCCACUUCAGGUCUCUGUCCCCAGCUAUGGAAGCUCUCUUUAUCUGCACGGCCUACGCAGCCAUCAUGUCUCUCACCGAGUAUGAGGUUUCUUUAAACUUUGCCUCAGACAAGCCAUCACUCGCGUCUCGCUACCGCGCUGGUGCCGAGCGAUCGCUCGCCGCUGCCGACUUUAUCAACACGUCAGAGUUAGCCACUGUGCAGGCUUUGACUAUCUUCCUCAGCGUCCUGCAGUGUGAGGAGUCAACGCGCUACAUUUGGACCCUCACCGGCCUCCUCUCCCGCAUCGCCUUCAGCCUCGGACUUCACCGAGAUGGAUCUGAGUUCCAGAAUAUGGCGCCGUUUGAGGUCGAGCUGCGCCGCCGGCUGUGGUGGCAUAUAUGCUUUCUUGAUUCCCGAACCGGCGACGGCCGGGUCCACGCCGCCCUCAUUUCCGAACAGAUUUUCAACACAGAACCUCCAACCAAUGUGGAUGACAAAGAUAUGUACCCUGAAAUGACUGACCCGGUCGUCGGUCGACAGGGGCCGACAGAUGCGUCCAUAUGCCUUGUGCGGUGCCGGACUUGGCGGCUAGCUCGCACCGUCGCGUGCCCUGUCCCUCAAGAUACUGCUCCUCCAAAUAGCUCUGAUAGCCGUCACCAAGCCUAUGAGAGUAGGCUUGAGGCUAUCCGAAACUUUAAAAACGGCAUUAGGGCUGAUAUUCCAACCCUCGAUACGGAGGAAUCAGACCAGAUCUCAUGCCUGAGAUCAAUCACGAGCAUGGUGGCCGACCGCUUCCAACUGAUGCUCACCUACCAGCGCGCGCUGGCAGAGGGGAUAGACCCCUUCACUUUCAAGGAGUCAUUCAGCCUCGCGAUGAGCCUCCUAAGCCAGAUGGGAUAUCUUAGGAACAAUUCCGCCAUGUCGAGGUGGGCCUGGCUCACGCGCGGCUACGUCCCGUGGCAGGCACUGGCAAUCGUCCUGAGCUACAUCUGCACUUCGCCCUGGGACGCCGAGUCUGAGAAGGCUUGGACUUCCGUGCGACAGACCCUCGAUGAAAUGCCAGAGGCCAUCAGGCAUGAGCCUCUUUGGCAGCCGUUCCACAAGUUACUGUCCAAGGCUAGCAGCUGCAGGAUGUCCCAGACGAAGGGCCACGAUCCAUCGUCGCCAUCCAGAGACUUGGACGAUCGCAUGCCCAUCCAGUUCGUGGAAGAUACACUCCAGUUGGAGCCGCCAACGCCACUGACAGCGGUUGGCACUCAACGCAGCAGAACUGUUAAAAGUGGGCAGGAGCCGACAGGCGUACCAACGUCGCCCUCACAACGGGCUGCUGCGCAGAGUGCGUGGCCUUCUAGUUACAGCACAUCACCCUUCCCGGGCAACCAGCCCACGACAGGUGUUGUACCUAAUUUGGUCAAUAUGCCUUCUGGACAUGUAGGUGAUCCGAGCCAACCCUCAACAACAGCGUUUCAGGGGGCUCCGUGGCCUGUGUCGAGACCCGUCGUGGGAGAGGUAGCUAAUAUCAGCCCGCAGUAUGACUCCAGCUGGCAGGAUUGGAACAAAUGGAUGCUUGACCAAGCACAAUGGUUGUAGACGGCGAUUUAUCUAUGCCAUUGGCCCCUCGACAUGUUUCCAAGUGCCCUAUCCGGGACCAGCCUCCGUGUUUCGCUUGGUCCAAAAUCGGCAUCUUAGAUUCGCCCUCUAGGAACGAUCCAUGAUUUUGCUUUUUAUGCAGAGUGCAUUAACAUCGUGGAUGACAAGGAGACGGGAUGGAUAUCCUUGGGGGACGUCGUCUAGUUUCAUAGCUGCUUGAAAACAAAAUGAUUCAUAUCUAUAUCUGUUGAUAAGAUUUAUAGUAGG